GGGUCUGGAAGCGGCACCCGUGCCCCUGAGGUGGAGUGGCCGCCAUGGCCAAGUACCUGGCCCAGAUCAUUGUGAUGGGUGUGCAGGUGGUGGGUAGAGCCUUUGCCUGGGCCCUGAGGCAGGAGUUUGCAGCAAGCCAGGCAGCUGCUGAUGCUCGGGGUCGUGCUGGGCACCAAUCUGCAGCUGCAUCCAACCUCUCUGGCCUCAGCCUCCAGGAGGCCCAGCAGAUUCUCAACAUCUCCAAGCUGAACCCUGAGGAGGUCCAGAAGAAUUAUGAACACCUAUUUAAAGUGAACGAUAAAUCCGUGGGUGGCUCCUUCUACUUGCAGUCAAAGGUUGUCCGUGCAAAGGAACGCCUAGAUGAGGAAAUCCGAAUACAAGCCCAAGAAGACAAAAAGAAAGAGCAGAUGCCCAAAACGUGA